CCCAGAAGUACUUAGCUAUUGUUGCCUUCUUCACAGCAGUAAGCCGUAGGUUGAGAACGAGAUGUAAAUAAGCGAAUCUAACGGUCUAGAUAGACAGUAGACCUCUUUAUUUACUAGAAAACAACACCAUUUAGACAGAAUGGUUUUGUUUACUUGUCUAACGGUGUUUUUGCUGAGCGCCUUGGUCGAGGGAGCMGAGAYGAAYGAGGGAGAUGACGAGUGGGUUCAUCUGCCUAAUAAAUGUGAAGUGUGUAAGUUUGUCAGUAUUGAGAUGAAGUCUGCCUUUGAGGAAACGGGCAAAACCAAGGAAGUGAUUGAGAGGAACUACCGUUUCCUUGACGGCAACAAGGGAGCUCCGCCAAUCAAAUAUGUCAAGUCAGACAUCCGUUUCAUUGAGGUUGUGGAUGUGUGUCAGAGGCUCUCUGGUUACAACCUACACAAGGAGAGAGAGGGCAGCAACCGCUUUGCCAAGGGUAUGUCUGAGACCUUCUCUACCCUCCAUGGCCUGGUCCAAUAAAGGGGUAAAGGUCGUCAUGGAUAUCCCUAUGAACUUUGGAACGAAACCUCUGCAGAGGUCGCUGACCUCAAGUCUCAGUGUGAUGUUAUGGUAGAGAAGUAUGAGGAGGUGAUAGAGGACUGGUACAAAGGCAGUCAGGAGGAAGAUCUCACCACCUACCUCUGUGAGAAACACGUUCUGAAGGGACAGGACGCCGCCUGUCUGAAAGGGUACUCUAAGAAGAAGGGAGACGCGGCAGCCAUCGCCGAGGACAAGAAGAAGAAAAAGAAGAAGGGAGUAGUAAAGAAGAGUGAGGGAGGAGGGAGUGAGGGAGGAGGGAGUGAG